AUGGCGCGUAAACUCAAAGGAAAAACCACCUCUAAAGGUCUAAAAGGUGCCUUACUAAGGCAUCAAGCUCAAGAACAGCUUAACAAGAAAAUCACGAGCAAGCAAGAACAUGCUGUAAAGAAAAACAGACCAACCAAAGCGGUACUGAACAACCAAAAAAUACAGCGCGAAACUGCCGCGAAGUUCAUACCCUUCGAAAAAGAAUCGACUCUUCUGUUGAUAGGAGAAGGAGAUUUUUCAUUUGCACGUUCUAUUAUUGAAAAUGAAUACAUUUCGCCUGCGAACCUCGUAGUAACCAGCUAUGACAACUCCCCGAAGGAACUUAAUCUGAAGUAUCCUAAAAGCUUUCAACAGAAUUAUGACUUCUUGAUGGAGCAUGGUACCAAGGUUUUCUUCAAAAUUGACGCCACUAAUUUAAUCAAAUCAUUCAAACUGAGCAAGAAAACCACUUGGCAAAAGAUUGUUAGCAGCGAGUUGGCGUCAAAGGGCCUCCAAAACAUUAUGUUCAAUUUUCCACACACGGGGAAAGGGAUCAAAGAUCAAGAUAGAAAUAUACGCGAUCACCAGGAGCUAAUCUUAGCAUUCUUCAGGAGUAGCAAAGAGUUUUUCAAGCAGAUCAACCAAAACCUUUCAAGCGCAAUUCUCGAUAAAUUUGCGCAAGGGUAUACUCUCAAAAGUCAAGAAAAUGGUACCCCCGCAAGUGAUAGCCAAGGAAAAGUGUUGAUAUCUGUGUUCAAUGGCGAGCCAUAUGAUUCAUGGCAAAUCAAAAUUUUGGCAAAGACAUCUGGGUGGAAAGUUGAGCGGUCAAACAAAUUUCAAUGGGAGAAUUAUCCAGAAUACUCUCAUAAGCGUACCAACAGCGAGCAAGAAACCACCAAGCCAGCUGCAGAACGGGAAGCACGAACAUUUAUUUUUGAACUGUACGAUAAAAAAAAGCACGCAAAAAACGGGAAGAAGUCGCAAAACGCUGGGAGUGAUGACGAAAAUUAA